AUGAAAGUUGUCGUUCCUGUGCUGCUGGUGUGGAAGAGCAAAGCAACACACAAGUUAAAUCUUGGACGAUACAAUUUCUUAACGUUGUCUGGCCCAUGCAAUGAGGCCGGUGCAGCGUCUUCAAGCGACCGCGUCACGAUGGAAAAAUGUAGCGGCCCCCUCCUCCUCCUCCACCUCGAGGGCCCCGAGACGUCGCUUAUCGUUUUAUUUUCUCCAGUGAUAAGAGCAGUGUCCACUGCAGCCCUGGUGCUUCGCCCGGAAGUCUGGGAACGCACGCCGUCGCUCCGCGUCCUCCGCGAACGUCACACGCCGAGCUGCACACCAACGCCGGCGGCAGAGGCCGCACGCCAAAACUGUUUCGCGAAACAGGGGGUUGUGGGACGAGCUUCUGGCCACAUAUGA